UUUCCGAAGGGUUGGCAUCCCCUAACGGAGGAUCGAUAAGGGCGAAAAGAGACGCCAUCCGAUGCCAUAUUUACCUGACGCCGUAAUCCCGGGUAACAUACUUAGCUUGAUCGCCAUAAAAUCGAAAUCAGGCAGGCGACAAAAUAUUUCUAGGAACUUUACCUGCCAGUUCCCAACGAGGAAAGUUCGCGAAAAUGGUUCUGGCUGCCGAAGUGAGAAAUAUUGUAAAGGCUCUAAAGGGCUCGAACAGCUGCGAGGAGAUCGCCCAGAUACUUGAGUGCGACGUGGAGAGCGUGGUGAGUUGCAUCCGAGAGUGUGAGCUGCUGGAGGGUAAAACAGCCACCCUGCGUCUGCCCCAGAAACCCAAGACCCCAGUCCAGCCUCAGGCGCCACUUCGGGAGGAGGACACAAAUCGCGAGGCCGCAAAGCGAGAAGUGGGCAGGCCAAAGGUUUUGGAAAACCGCCAACUGGUUGAGCAAAUACUAGCCCGUCACCCAAACUGCACAUCCGUUGAUGUGCAGAAGAUACUGAUCAGACAGUAUGGCAUAGAAGUAAGCCGAAGGACAUUGCAGCGGCGCAUCAGCGAGAUUCGAUCCAAGCUAAUCCGGGACGGAAAUAGAGAAGUCACAACCCCGGCAGAAGAGGAGAAAACAACGACUUCGCUCAGUAUGGAAUCAAAGCGAAGGAGGGUGGCCUGGGCGAAGGCCCAUCAGGAUUGGACAGUGCGCGACUGGCGUAACAUUUUUAAUAUGGACGACCUCAAGUUUGUGGAGGGAUCACCGCCAAAGGAGAUUUUUCUGGACACCCUAGUCGGCCCGGAGGGCACUGACUGCAGCGACCUCAAUCUUCUGGAGCAACUGAUGGCCAUCAUCCAGCCAAGGAUUCAGAACCAGGCUCCGAAAAACGUCUACGAGUUUAAAUCAGUUUUAUACGAUGUCUGGCACAGUGACCACGAGAUGGUGGACAAGAUCGAAAUGCUGUACGAAUCCAUGGCGUGGCGAGUGACGGCGGUGAUCCAUAGUGGUGGAGACCUGACCGAAUUCUGCUAGCCUGGCUAAUGAUUUUACAGUUUUUGAAUGUCUAAUUAAAAAUUAAAACAUUUAAAUUCUUUGUUUUAAACUUUUGUAAUGCGGAUGCCAAUUAUAAAUAUUAUGAUAGCUAAAUUUAAGCUUCUGUUUAUUGCCAGAAUUUCUAA